AUGUCCCUUACAGCAGCUGAGGAGGGCUCGCAGUCGAUCUACGUCUUGCUCACUGAUCGCUUUGUCCGAACGGACGGUUUGAAUACUGCUGCCUGUGAUACCGAUGUUAGAUUGGACUACAUCCAAGGAAUGGGAUUCACAGCCAUUUGGAUCACUCUCAUGACCGGUCAAUUGACCGAGGACACCAAGUACGGAGAGGCAUAUCAUGGAUACUGGCAGCAGGAUAUCGAGGCUCUUGACUCAAACCACGGAACUCCAGACGAUCUCAAGGCCCUCGCCGUGGCUUUGCAUAAAUGCGCCAUGUAUCUCAUGCCCGAUGUUGUAGCAAACUACUUGGGCAGUCUGAUCUCCAACACCAACACCAUCGCCAAGCAGAAGGGUGAUGACGGCUCGCAGGCAAUCACGGUCCUAACCAAUCUCGGUGUAGGAGGUAAGGAGUACUCGCUUUCGAUUCCUGAUACUGGAUUCAAGGCUGGUGAUAAGUUGACGAGGUUAUCUCCUGCGCCAGUGUUACUGUUGCUGAGGAUGGGGAGGUUCCUGUUCCUAUGGCGAAGAACCGAGGAUUUCGUUGCCCACUAA